ACGAAAGCAGACGACGUGAUACAGGAAUUUGAAACAAAGAAAUUUGUAUACCCUAAACCACAGAGAAAACGUGGGAAGAGUUCAGUACAGGAAAAAAAAAUCUUAUGUUCCCAGUUAAAGAAGCAUGGAUGAUCAAAUACAAAAUUUGUAUAGAGCGCUUCUUGAUCUCGAAACUAAGAAAUUAGGAUUAGAUUAUGAUCAGACGAAAUAUCAGCUUUCGACUGGAAUAUCGCAAAUAAGAGAAGCAUAUAGUUACAGUUCUCUCGUUGCUGGGACAACGGAUGUGGAUUUCAAUGAUCUAAGGAACCGUAUGGCCUACUUUUAUAUGUACGCUAUUGCUCACACCAAAAUGGCUGAAAGCAUAUUUUAUGACUUAACUCAAACUCCUCUUAAAUAUUGGCUGCAACAGUGUAAAAAUACGUUGAACAUUUGUUCCAUUGGUGGAGGUCCUGGAAUCGAUGUUGUGGGAAUCGUUUUAGCUUUGAAGAGUAUGCUGAUUCCACUGACAAUCAACGCCACAAUCAUUGACAGAUGUGAAGGAUGGAAAGAAGCAUAUUUUUCACUAGUAGAUCUACUAGGAGAACAACAUAUUAAUUUUUCGCGAACAGUUUUCGUGCGUCAGGAUUUGUGUGAAAUGAAAUGGAAAGAGGAGGUGAACGAAGAAAUUAAAAGAGCAGAUAUUAUUGUCAUGAUGAAAUUUAUUUCGGCUGUUGCUUCAAACAAUGAAGUGUGUGAAAAUCUCCUAAAGAAAAUUUUCACAUCAAUCAAACCAGAGAGUAUUGUGCUGGCAAUUGACAAUUCAAAUGUAAAUCUUCUUGAGAUCUUACACAAAACAGCCUCAAGUUGUGGAUUACUGAAAGUCUGUCGUCCUGUUGUAGGCCAAACAUUUCCUAACUUAGUUCAAAUAAACUUCAGUGGAAUUUUCUGUUUCGUUAAAAAAGAGCUUGAUAUUUUCCCCCUAAAAUCUCCCAAGAUAUUUUAUUCUGUUUUUCAAAAACAAUCCUGUGAGCAAGACUCCACUAAAAAUGACGAAGUAGAAAAUGUGCAUGCUCAGAUUGCUUCCAACACACAAGAAAGACUACCAGUUUGUCAACAAAACAGUAGGAUGGCUUCAAUCGGUAAGAUUGAACACAAAGAUUGUGCUCAAUUUAAGCUCGUUCCAAGCUGGUACAGUUCUAAAAUGAGUUCAAAUAAUACUAAAUAUGACCAAUGAAGCAUCCAGCCGAUUACGAGAUUAUAAUUCGUUGGCAGUUUGUGUGUGUGUGUGUGGGAAGGGGUUACAAAACCAUUGCAACAGUUACUAUGAUGGUACCCAAAGUAACCAAGAAAUAUCAAGAUGGAGCUCGACUACGAUAGUAUAUAACAGGAUAAAACAGUCAUGUCCGGAAACUUUCAAGACAGGAUUUGAUUAAUAAGAUUAUUCACAGAAGCUGUAUCUAACAGACAUAUAAUAGCUCAAACUUCGUGAACAUCAUCACUUAAUAGAACUUUUAAUUAUUUGUUCGAUCAAAACUCAUUCAGUGAUGACUUUUAAUUAUUGUUUGCUCGAUCAAAACUCAUUCAGUGAUGACUUUUAGUUAUUGUUUGUUCGAUCAAAACUCAUUCAGUGAUGACUUUUAGUUAUUGUUUGUUCGAUCAAAACUCAUUCAGUGAUGACUUUUAAUUAUUAUUUGCUCGAUCAAAACUCAUUCAGUGAUGACUUUUAGUUAUUGUUUGCUCGAUCAAAACUCAUUCAGUGAUGACUUUUAAUUAUUGUUUGCUCGAUCAAAACUCAUUCAGUGAUGACUUUUAGUUAUUAUUUGCUUGAUCAGAACUCAAUCAGUGGUGACUUUUAGUUAUUGUUUUCUUGAUCAAGACUCAUUCAAUGAUGACUUUUUAUUAUUGUUUGUUGAUCAAGACUCAUUCAGUGAUGACUGUUAAUUACUUUUUACUUGAUCAAACUUAUUCAAUUAUGCCAGAAUUAAUUCUCACUCGGAAAGAUGGACGAAACUCGAACUUGCUAUUGUUGCCAAUUCAUUUUUUUUUCGUUUUUCUUGAAUCAUUAUUAGCUUUAACAUGACGGUUUUUCUUAUUCUAGACAAGUGAGUAAUGUCUGCCAAGCAGGUUAAAAUAAUAUUCAAAUAUUAUAUAAAGUAUAUAAUCUGUCGUGUAUGUAAGAACACAAAAAGAUUAAGAAUGUGUAUAACGUUUUCGUUUUAAUUGAUUCAUCAGGUAGAAGUUUUACAAUAAAUAUUAAAUACACAGAAAUGGCAAUCCAUAAUUAAAAAUCAACAGUUGGUUCCCAAUAUUCUAACUGCAAGAAGAAACGUUAGGUAUUAAUUAAACGAGUUUUUAUACAGCUAAAACUUUAUAAGCAACAGAUUUAUGCGGUAACAAUAUAAAGAAUAUACGAUAACACGUGCGUUAUAUAUAUAUGUU